AUGAAAUUAGUUAUUUAUUUCAUUGCUAUUGUUGCUGUUGUACUUUCGACAACAGUAGCUAUUGUCAAUGCCCAAAAGGGUGUUUACCCCGAUGCUGGUGUUUACUUGACUUUUAGUACUUAUUAUACUGCUACUUUGGCUCAUACUAUGACAGAGACAAUUGUAAAGAAUGUAAAUGCUCAAGGUAUUCCAUCAUUCAAAAUAACAGAUGGUCAUGUAUCAGUUGAUAUUAAGAAUAUUCAACACUCUGUUGCUAUGGAUACACCAUUCUACUUGCAAACAGGAGCUGGUAGUUAUCAAGCUGGUUGGAAACAAGUUGAUUUUACUAUUCAUACCGAUUAUGAAGCUUGUUAUAAAUGGCAUAUGGAUCAAAAUAUCAAUAUUUGUGAACAUGGUAAAAUUGAAAUUGUUACAACAAAUAAUCCAAAUGUAACAUUGACAACAACAUUUAAUUUAAAUAUUGAUACUACAUCACCAACAUUUAGUGAUGUAUCAACUAUUAUGAGUGCACCUGGUAAUGCAAUUGAAUAUAGUGCAUCUUGUGAAAGCAAGGUUUGUGACAAGACACAUGAUAUUCGUAAUGCAGUUGCAUCACAAUUCAUCCCAUCCAUUGAAAAGUCGAUUACCCAACAACUCAAUGCCAAGGCAUCGACCAUUGUUGCACUCUUUCCUCCACUUAGACCAUUAUCUGGCUUCAAGUACAAAGACCUUACAUAUUAUUUAGAUAGUAUUGGAGAGAUUGUCGAAGCCGGUACUGUCGAACACAAUACACCAGCUGUUACAUUUGCUAUUAAUGGUGGUAUUGCUGUAAAGAAUGGUGGAGGUAACCCAGCAUACCCAACUCAAAGACCUACUUUGACUCCACCAGUCUCUGCCAUUGAAGAUUUCCAUACGACUGAAUGGCAAGUAUUGCUCACCCCAUUCUUUUUCGAGUCAAUGAUUGAUGCAGCCGUUGCAAGUGGUCUACCCUAUCUCAUUGUACCAUCGAUGGUACCAAAGGGGUCUCCAGUCACCCUCGACACUUCUGAUCCAUUCUUUUCAGAGACAGCUCCUGGUAUGACCAAAUCCUAUCCAAACCUUCCCAUCACUCUCCAAAUCACAGCACCUGGUUCCGAACAAUCGACCUUUUCAUGCAAGGUUGAUAGCAGCGGUAUUGCAGUUUCAAACUUUGAACUACUUGUCGCCUUUUUAGUAGACACUGCCGGUAACAAGCAAGUACCCGCCUUUUCAGUAUUGGCCACUGUCGAUGCCACCCUCGACGUCCAACCCAAACUACUCUCCAACGGUAGUGUAUCAGUCACCACUACCAUGUCGGGAUUCAACCCAGCUGUCAAAUUAGUAUCAUCAAGUGUCGGUGAUGUUGAUACCGAUGGUAUCCUCCAAAUGUUACAAUUGGCAGGUUCAAUGGCCGCAUUCCCAAACAUGAUAGUCAAUAAUCCAUCAACUCAAUACAAAUUCACUCAACUUGAACCUGCCUACAGUAAUGAUAAUUUCAUGACCAUCGGUAUUACUCAAGCUUUAAAAUCAACUAUUCAUUCUGCUACAUUUGUAUAA